AAGUAUAAAUUUUUUUAAUAAAAUAAGUGAUUUCAUGUGUCAUAAAAAGCUAAUAACGUUUAACAAAAUCAAACACUCGUAUGAGCUAAUCAACAACAUUCGUAAAAGUCAUGCAUGAGUAAGUGUAUUCAUGUUUGUGCACGUUUUGUUAUGCAAAUUAAACCAGUCAAAGUUCAACAAAAAAGUCUUUUAAUAAAAUAAAAGUACUAAAUUAAAGUUCGUUCAUUCAGUAAAAACAGUCAGCAAAAGUUCAGUAAAUAUUUCGUAAAUGUCGGACAUAAAUCAAGCAAAUCCAAAACCAGCACGAGCGCAAUUUGCGAACUUCAAAUGUUUGUUUCAUUGUUGAGGGUGUUUACCAAAAACACAAAAACAGUGACCUGAAGCGUUUGCCGUGAUUUCGACAGCAUUUCAACAGAAUUUUCGUGUUGCUGUAGUUACGGGUGUUCAAAUGCUAACAUUUCUAACUUAUUAUUUUGCUUUGUGUUUAUGCAGCAGUGCAGCACUUCGUGUAUGUGUGAAAUUGCAAUAAUUCAUAAAUGCAACUGGGAAUUGCGUUCGGCAAAUUUUCAACUCAACGCAAGCUGGACUGAACUGAAAUGAACUAUACGAACUGCAGCGUUUUCCUCCUGAUACACUGUGGCUGGCAGCCUCAGUGCCCUGGUACCGUUGUCGGCAAAUCGAAUUAAACGCAAAAAAAUCAAAAGCAACAAACUUACCCGUUAGCCGUAGUAGUUACAUUACGAAUCGUAAAUUGUACGAGUGUAUUCAGGAUUGCAAGUUUGAAAUUUUAUUACGAAUGCUGCACCAUUGAGCCCGCUGCUACGUAGUGCAUGGGCAUGGUGUUGCAACUGCAAACAAUUUCAAAUUAUACAUAUGUGCUAGUGUGCAAUGUAAAGUCAAAUCCAAAACAUAAAUUAAGAAACAAGUGAGAAUAUUGUGCGCAGUGAAAAUUCUAAAAUAUAAAACAAUUCUUAUUGCGCAAACAUACAAACAAAAAUUAUAUUUCCUGUCACAGUUGCAACAACUUCAAAACCGCAGUCGAGCAGCGCAAAACAAACACAACAGGCAUUGCUGCCAAACAUAAAAAUGCAUGAUUUGUUAUCCCGAAGAGCACUCAUGUAACAUAUGCAGAAUUUAGACAGUAAAACCGCAAGUGAAGAAUCAAAUCAAAUAACUCCGCCCAUUUUCAACAGCUGUUAGCAUCGAUAAUGCCGAAGGCCGCCAAUUGAGCAAAUAUGUGUGAAUAAUGCUUGCCAACAAAUUGUCUAUAAAAUCCUAUAUAUAAACGAGCAGAACACAUAAGUAUAGGUACGAGCACAUUCUAGGCCACUGAAGGGUAGUUAAAAUAUCAAAAUGCCAGCGAGGCUACUAACGACAGAAGCUCAUAAAGCACAGCACCGCUUUGCAACGCACAAACCUCUAAAUUGGCAUAAGGACAGAGCAAGUGGCAUGCUGACAUAUUGUGUGAGCAAAGCAUCUGCUAUUUAUGCGGGUGAAACAUGGCUGAGAUGGUGUUUGGUACUCACCUGUCUACUGAUAGUCCCAGAUUUCAUUGCUGGACUCAAGGAUGUUUCGGUUACAAUACCACAAGCGGUGAAACGUGGCAGCAAUGCACUGCUCAUAUGCAAUUACGAUAUGGAAAAUGAUACUUUAUACUCCAUAAAAUGGUAUAAGGGACGGCGAGAGUUUUAUCGCUAUACACCAAAGGAAAAUCCGGCAAUGAAAGUUUUCCCCAUGGCCGCCGGACUAAAUGUUGAGCGUAAUCUCUCCAAUCAAAGUCAUGUCGUGCUGCUGGCGGUGCCGCUCAACAUAUCCGGCAAGUUUACAUGCGAGAUUUCCGUGGAGGCGCCAACCUUUCAGACCGCCAUGGUCUCUUCUGAACUGGAAGUUGUGGAAUUACCGGAGGAGCAGGCUAUUGUUACGGGCAUCCAGCCACGUUAUCGUAUCGGCGAUUUGGUUGAUGGCAAUUGCUCAAUUAAGUACUCGAAGCCGGCUGCUAAUUUGACAUGGACUAUUAAUGGUGGUGCGGUGCCGCUGCAUUCUAUAAAAAGUUAUCAAAUUGAACGCUUUGAAGAGAGCAAUUUGGAGUCGGUGGUGUGCGCGCUGAAUUUCAUGGUGACCACAAGUCAUUUCGUUAAAGGACAAAUGAGGCUCAAGUGUACGGCCAGCAUAUUUGAUAUAUUCAAAGAGGAAAUCGAAAGUGUCAUCGAAGAGGAUCGACCGCGCAUUAUGGCCUCCGGCCGUUCAUACGACAUGCAUAAUAAUUAUCCAUACGAACAGCAUGGCAGCGGUGAUGGCUUCGAGGAUCAUAACGAAUCAUUUUUAACAUAUUCAGCCGCCGACGUCACGUCUUCGGCAACAACCGUACACGGCACGGCAGCGAGCAUCUACGCGAAAGCACUAAAAAUGCAUUGGAAGCGCCUUUGGACCGGUCUGAUGGCGGCAGCGGCAGCAAUUCGGGCAACCAGCAGCCUGCGAAGCGUACCGACAGUGGAGCUGGAGCUGGCGCACCGAUAUGUCAAAAGGAUAAGUGAAGCAAGCGAUGAUGAUGAGAAAGAAAGUGCACCCGCGGCGGCAGUGAAGAACUUCGCGCGAUUUUCAGCUACCACCACCGACACCGAGUGUGUUGCUUAUAUUUUUAUUGCCAUUUGCACGAGCGUCUUUCUAUGCGCACUGACACGCCAUUUUAUAAGCUGUCAAAGGAACCAAAGGAAAUCCAGCCAAGUGAGUGGCGCAGUGACGACACCACGAACUACCGCCUCGACGGUAACGGCACCAGUGGCAGAUUUCACUGCCACGGUGUUGCCAUCAAAGGUAAUAAUAACGGCAACGGCAACAACAACAGUAACAGCAACAGCAAGGCGCGUUGUAAAUGAUGGGGCAGGUUCAGUCUUGGCAGUCAAACGGACAUUGAAAGGACGAAAAUCCUUUCAUAAUUGCGUUGGAAAAAAUUUGAAAUCAUUGAGUGUACGAUUGGCAGGAUUGCCGCGAGCGCUGUGCCCGAUGUUUCUGCAGUGGGCGAAAGUAGCGGCGAAUCCAUUACGAAAAUUGGCAAAUCAACAACAGCUUCAGCAGCAGCAGAAAAGCACGUCAAUAUUCCGCAACCAAGCGCGCACACAGUGCCACGCAACUCAACAGCUGUCGGUGACAGUUGCCGGUAGGAGCCCAUCAACUCCAUUACCAGCAACUGUGGCUGCAUUGACAUUUGACACGCCGGGUGUUAGCGCUGCAAAUGCCGGCUGCAACAACACCAGGCGCUGCAGCGGGGGCGACGGCCACGGCGACGGCAACGGCGGCAGCAAUCAAGCAAUUGGCAAUUUCACUAAGGACACGUCAAAGGAUCAAACAUUAUUGAUGAUGAUUGCACAACGUUUCGAUUGUCAACAUGUUGACGAUUUGGUUGCACCCUCUCCCUCGCCCAGCGCGCUCAGUAAGAGUCAGGAGCAGCAGCAACAGCCACUGCUAUUGGGUGCCAUAAAAGGCGGCAAGGUGCUGUCGAAAGCCAAGUCGUUGCUGGCUAAUUGGCAAGAAAGCGGCGUGACACCUCCACCUUGCUGGGGCCACUGCUGAUGUCCGCCGGCCCAAGGCAAUCGAGUGCACCGCAUAGCUUAAACAGAAAUUAUAAUUACAUACCAUAAAUAGCUUAAUACCAAUAAAUAUACCAAAUAUGAAUUAAUAAUACUCCCGGAAGCGCCGUCUUAUCUCAAAAGCAAAGGCGACAAUGCCAAAACAACAACAACAUUGAAAAUAUGUUAAAUUAGUUUAGAGCUGUCUAGCGUUAAGGAAAUGUUGAUGUUGCUUUUUAAUUGCCAGAAGUAUUAGAAGAAAGAGUAAAAGUAAAUAUGUGUAAAUAAGGGAGCUAGUUGAGCCAGAGUAAUGAGAAAUUUGAAACAAGUUGUGAAAAUGUGAACAUAUUGUAAUGACUUAGAGUAAUGCCAGAAAUAACACUUCAUUUAGUAAUAAGUAAUAAGUUUAGAAAGCGUAUGAAAUGUAUACCAAAAAAGUUACGAAUUAUCAGCAGAAGCAUAAAAUUUUGUUGAGCAUAAAAAUAAGCGUGUGAAGCAGCCAGCCAUUGCAAUAGCACAGUUUACUUUUUAAAAUCACGUCAUCUAACUCUAAGCUUACCAACCAUUUGCUAAGUGAAGUGUCUUCAAGACAAAAUAAUGCUGCUGUUUGCCAAACAGUCAAACAUUACUGACUUUAAAAUCGAUAAAAAAAGUAAGCAUCUGUGCUAUUGCCUUGCUGGCGCUUAGAAAAAUAGUAAAUACCGUUGUAAAUGUUGUAUUCAAUACAUAAUAUAUUAGCUGCUAAGUAUGUUAAAACACAAAAAAUGCGACAAAAAAAACGGCUAAACGGUCUUAAAACAAACAAAUUUCUUAAUUUGCGUUACUUUGUAUUUAAGUUAUUUAAGUUGAAUGUGUUUUCGUUAAACGAAAUAUUAUUUCAAAAAUAUCUUCUGUACAUUUACAUUAUUACUAUAUUUAUGUAUAUUUUCAAUUAUUGUACAGUUUUUCACUUGCCUGUAAUUUGUAAGAAUUUUUAUUGCUAAUUCACUUUUAAUAUAUGAAAGUUUCAAAUAAAUUCGGCAAAUGUGUGUUCUUAUCUAUUAUUUCAAUUAUUUUUACCAUAAACAUAUUUGUAACAUAAACCUAUUUUUGACAUAAAAACUCCAUUUCAUGUUAAACAACAUGCGAAAUGGCUGCAAAAUGUGCCGCAACAUUUUCUGUAAACAUUUUAUCAUACCCGCCUGUUAAUGAAACCAAAUACCGAGAAAUGAAUUCGGUGCGCCGCAUAUGCGUGCAGCAAAUAGGUAAAAUUUGGCUAAUGCACCAGGCGACCAUAAACGGCAACAAGCAGCCGCACAGCUGCAGGCGGAAGUGCAUCUUUGUUUUCCGACGCUUAAAAGUAUGCUGUAAAAUGUGACUUCCGACACAGAGUAAUGCGGUGGAAGAAAAAAUCUACUACUGCAGGCAAGGCACAACCCGUUUAGCGAAGUUUCAUACUUACAGGUUGUCGACUGUGCUAGGAGAAAGAGCACAGGGUGCAUCAAAGCAAAUAAAAUGAAAACAAGAUACAUGAUGAACUUUUUUUUUUAUUUUUAUU